AUGCUGAAGGCCGAGUCUACACCUCCAUUCUCGACAGGCGAUACAGCUUCGGCCUCCGUACCCUUGGAUUCCCCAUUGCGCGCCGUUCCCAUUCACCCCGAUCUCCCAGAGAUCAAGCUCCCCGAGGGGCCACUGCCGCCACACAGCUAUCACCCAGUGACAUGCGAGCCCAUCAAGGCUCAGGACCAUUCAGAUGAGUUACGGCGGCUUGAGCAAGAGUACACAACGAAGGAAGCUGCACUGCUCGCGCAGGAACGAACCGCCCAGGAGGUGAAAGACAUAAUUCAAACUGCCCAGCGCAAGCGCGAAGAAAUUCAAAAGGCUAUGGACAAGAAGGUUAAAGAGCGUGACACCGAGAUGAAGGUCGUUUCCAAGUUCCAAGAGGCUCAGGCCACAGAUAUGGACAUCUCGUGA